AUGGGCUCUCAACCUCCGUCCGAACCCCUCUGGACCCCUCAAUCGGUUCUAUCUACCCUCCCCUACCCCAUUGACGAACACUCCACCUCACCCGUCCCAUUUUUCCACCUCCUCGAGCGCCUAAAGACCACGAAGCGCGAAGGCUGGCGCCGCUUCGACAUCAACCAUGGCGAAUCCAUCUCAGACCACAUGUACCGCAUGUCCAUAAUGACCAUGCUCGCUCCGCCCUCUCUCUCCUCCCGCUUGAACCUCCCACACUGCAUGAAGAUGGCCCUUGUGCACGACAUGGCUGAGUCCCUCGUCGGCGACAUUACACCUGUUGACCCGAUCAAGAAGACCGAAAAGGCCCGCCGUGAGGCUGCUGUGAUGGAAUAUAUUUCGAAGUCGCUGUUAGGGAGAGUGCCUGGGGGCAUGCUGUCCGGAAACGAUAUCCUGGCCGUUUUCAACGAGUACGAGGCGAAUGAGACGCUGGAGGCGCAGUUUGUCCAUGACGUCGAUAAGAUGGAGCUGCUUUUACAAAUGGUGGAGUAUGAGCGGAGCUAUGAGAUUGACCUGGAGGAGUUCCUGGGUGUCGCGAAGAGGAUCCAUCUGCCUGAGAUCCAGGAGUGGGCUGCCACCGUGCUGAAAGAGCGGGAGGAUCUGUGGAAGACGAGACAGGCGCAGUCCGCGACGAAGGAGUCAUCAUGA